AUGUCUGCUCCAAGUGGCAUCACUGUCCCAUCUGCACCACCUUCUUAUGAGGAAACAGUAGGAAUAAAUGUGGGCUAUCCUCACCCCUAUCCCCUUCCAGAACCUAGCCAGAAACCAGAUGGGAAGGGAAUGAACCCUCCUGUGUGCGUGGGACAGCCUGUACUAGUGAGUAACCCUGUUACAGUUCAGUAUGUGCAGCACCCAGUGGUAUUUCAUGACCGCCCUGUUCAGAUGUGCUGCCCUUCCUGCAACCAGAUGAUAGUGACACGUCUCUCGUACGACUCGGGGGCUUUGACUUGGCUGUCAUGUGGUGGCCUCUUCCUGCUGGGAUGUGUAGCCGGCUGCUGCUUAAUUCCCUUCUGCAUCGAUGCCCUGAAGGACGUGGAUCACACCUGUCCAAAAUGCAAUGCUCUUAUUGGUUCUUACAAGCGUUUAUAG